GGCCGCCUCCCAGUCCUCCCAGCAGCCUUCAGGACAGCAGGACGCCGCCGGCCCGAGGUCGGGGAGACGCCGGCGUGAUGACAGAACAAUGUGUGACCCAGCAGACGUCUCAGGAAGAGAACAGGAAGUGCAGCAGAGGAGGCAGCCAGCAGGAGCAGAGGGCCUAUCAUUCAGAUGUAGAGAACGUGGCGGAGGAGCAUCAGAGAAGCAGGAGGACGAUCAGCGAGACGCUGCAGGCGGCGGAUCAGGAUCUGUCAGGCCCGAGGAAACCAGCGUUAGUCAGGUCAAAGACCUUUGACCACUCGCUGCUGACUCAGGUCCAGAUGGACUCAGACUCCAAGUUAGACCGGAAGAAGUCUCACUACAGCCAGCUGUCUAAGAGCAACUGCCAGUACCAUAAAAUAUUUAAGGAGAUCUGCAAAGAGGAACAGCUGAGACAAAGUUACACCUGUGCUCUGCAGAAAGACAUCCUCUACCAGGGACGGAUGUUUGUCUCCGACCACUGGAUCUGCUUCCACUCCAAGGUGUUUGGCAAAGACACAAAGAUUGCCAUCCCCGUGACGUCCGUCAAUCAGAUCAAGAAAACCAAAACUGCCAUCCUGGUGCCGAACGCUCUGGUGAUCGCCACCGCCAACGACCGGUAUAUGUUCGUGUCCCUUCUGUCCAGAGACAACACCUACAAGAUCCUGAUGUCCAUCUGUCUUCAUCUGGAGGAGAAGAGUCCCUGCAGCAGCCCCAUCCCCUCCUCUGCAGAGAGCAGCUUCAGAGGUCAGAGGUCACCGCUGACGCCUCGCUUCCCUCUGAGUUUCACUGGUGACUUCAUCGACCUGGACGAAGCAGUGAGGACCAGGAGGCAGGAGAUGGAGGAGAGCAGCAGCUCCGACUCGCAGGCGCCCGACUACGAGAAGAUAGCAGAGUUUCCUGUUCCUCCGUUCCUGGACGUGUUGAAACACACGGACAGAGCGCCGGCUCCUGAACAUCAGAACCAGCAGAACCAGCAUCAGCACCAGCAUCAGAACAAGCAUCAGAACCAGAACCAGCAUCAGAACCAGCAUCAGCACCAGCAUCAGAACCAGCAUCAGAACCAGCAUCAGAACCAGAACCAGAACCAGCAUCAGAACCAGCAGACCUCUGACAACAAGCGGAAGGAGACUCAACAUGGUUCAGGGGUGGUGAUUGACAGCAGGACUCUGAAACACGUCUCUAUCAACACUCUGCUGUUCGUCUACCUGUUCCUAGUGUGUGUGCUGCUCCUGUCGUCCUGCUACUUGUCCUUUAAGAUCGUCUCGUUGGAGAAGACGCUGACGGCGCUGGGAUCCGAAGCAGAGUUCACUCAGCACCGGACCGGGAGCGACUUCCUGCAGGGAAGCGCUGACGUGAACGCAGAGAUUUUCUCAGAACUUCUGACGAUCAACCUGAUGAAGCUGGAGAAGGUGCAGAAGAAUCUACAGAGACUUCUGGACGAAGCUGCGUGAACGAAUCCAGAUGAACUUGUUGUAAACAGAUGUGUAAAUAUUCUGUAAAUAUCUAGUUUAUUAGAACAGAUGUUACAAACUCACACGACCAAUGUGAAUAAUGUGAACUGGACAAAUAAUCUGCAACAGGCUUGAAAACGAUGAACAAACAUUCAGUUAAAGUGUGAAAACACACCAGGAUCAAGAGCCGUGAUGAUGUCACAGUGUAUGGACACACCCCCGAGCUCCACCACUGCAGCACAGGGAGAAGUUAAACCACCAGGGGGCAGCAAAAACAAGAUCCAGCUGAUGAUGGGAAGCUCUUUAAAUUUGCAGCAGGUACAGAUUAAUCUGUGAUCAGCGACCGAUUGGCUGGUUGGAAUUCAAACUUUAAUGGUUCAUUUAUGAAUAUUACAUUUCUCCAGUAUUGUAUCUGCUAAAUGAAAGAUGUUGUAGACUUUGUUUUGAAGGCUGUGACAUUUCAAAUGAUCCGCGUCGGAGCUGGAAACUUCCACAGAAAACUUCCUCUGGUUGAACGAGCUGUUUGUGUCCAGAUGUAAAUGUGUUUAAACAUCAUGAAGAUAAAUCUCUUUCUGCUGGAGACAGUCGACUGUUACAGAGACCGACAUCCCUGUGAUUCUGUAAAUAUGAAAACUAUAUUGAUUUAAAUGAUGUGGUUUUGUUUUUCCUCUGUUGAGCAAUAAAGUUAUUUUGGCUCCGA